ACCCCAUAUUCGCGUUCACCAGAAUUAAGAGUCAGCCACAAGCUUGCAGAGCGGAAGCGCAGAAAAGAAAUGAAGGACCUAUUUGACGAGCUACGUGAUCAGUUGCCCGCUGAUAGGGGAAUGAAAGCGAGCAAAUGGGAGAUCCUGAGCAAAGGUAUGAAUUUU